UCUGGACCUCGUUUCUUCGGGGAUUACUCUGAAUGAGUUCGCUAUAAACAGCUCGGCUUACGUAAGAGCUGCUCGUUCGGCCGCGCGGCGCCUGGCUUGGUCUGCGGAAACUACGGAGACCUGCUCGCAGUUUGCGUCUUCGUCCUCGCGUCAGUGCGGGUUUUUUGCGCAGGAGAAGUCGGAGACGGUGCAUUCGCGUGUGCUCAUCAUGUCAGUGGUUGGCAUCGACGUGGGUUUCCAGAACUGCUACGUCGCGGUGGCGAGGAGCGGCGGCAUUGAAACGGUGGCCAAUGACUACAGUGACAGAUGCACACCGGCGUGCGUGUCUUUGGCCUCCAAAAACCGGAUGAUUGGAAAUGCAGCCAAGAGUCAGAUUAUAACAAACUUCAAGAACACCGUGCACGGCUUCAAAAAGUUUCACGGCAGAGCGUACGAUGACCCGUUUGUCCAAUCAGAGAAAGGCAAACUGCCUUACAGCCUGCACAAGCUGGCCAAUGGAAGCGCUGGGAUCAAGGUGCGCUAUUUGGACGAGGAGAAGGUGUUCACGGUGGAGCAGAUCAGCGGGAUGCUGCUCACCAAGCUGAAGGAGACGUCGGAGAGCGCGCUGAAGAAGCCGGUGGUGGACUGCGUGGUCUCUGUCCCGAGUUUUUUCACAGACGUGGAGAGGCGGUCGGUCCUCGAUGCGACGCAGAUCGCAGGGCUGAACUGUUUGCGGCUGAUCAACGACACCACGGCAGUGGCGCUGGCUUACGGGAUCUACAAGCAGGACCUCCCUGCUCCCGAGGAGAAGCCCAGGAAUGUGGUGUUUGUGGACAUGGGGCAUUCCUCCUUCCAGGUCUCCGUCACUGCGUUCAACAAGGGGAAGCUCAAGGUCCUUUCCACGGCCUUCGACCCGUACCUGGGAGGGCGCAACUUCGACGAAGCCUUGGUGGAUUACUUCUGCGAGGAGUUUAAGACAAAGUACAAGCUGAAUGUGAGGGACAACCCGAGGGCUUUGCUGCGGCUGCACCAGGAGUGCGAGAAGCUGAAAAAGCUCAUGAGUGCCAACUCCUCCGACCUGCCUCUCAACAUAGAGUGCUUCAUGAACGACAUCGAUGUUUCCAGCAGGAUGAACAGGACUCACUUUGAAGAGAUGUGCGCUCAGUAUCUGAUGAGGGUGGAGGCGCCGCUGAAGACGGCCUUGGAGCAAUCAAAGUUGAGUCGGGACGACAUCUACGCGGUGGAGAUCGUCGGCGGAGCCACGAGGAUCCCGUCCAUCAAAGAGAGAAUCACCAGAUUUUUCUCCAAAGACGUCAGCACCACCCUCAACGCUGACGAGGCGGUGGCCAGAGGCUGCGCGCUUCAGUGCGCUAUUCUGUCUCCAGCGUUUAAGGUUCGGGAGUUCUCCAUCACCGACUUGGUUCCUUUUCCAAUCACCCUCCGGUGGAAGUCACCCACAGAGGAUGGGCUGGGGGAGUGCGAGGUUUUCAGCAAGAACCACGCUGCUCCUUUUUCUAAAGUGAUCACGUUCCACAAGAAGGAACCCUUCGACCUGGAAGCAUUCUACAGCAGUCCGCAGGAGCUCCCCUACCCGGACCACAGGAUAGGCUGCUUCUCAGUGCAGAACGUGGUCCCUCAGCCGGAUGGAGACAGCUCUAAGGUAAAGGUAAAAGUGCGCGUCAACAUCCACGGCAUCCUAAGCGUGUCCAGUGCGUCGCUGAUAGAGAAGCUCAAAGGGGAAGCAGAGGACAUGCAGAUUGAAUCGGAGCCGCCGGCGCAGAACGAAGGCCGAGCAGAAGAGCAGAGCAAAAUGCAAGUGGAGCAGGAGGGUCAAGGCCAGGGGGACCAGCCGAAUGAGGACAGCAGCUCCAACAAUAAGGAAGGGGCAGCUGAAGAAAAGCAGGACGCAACAGCUGGAGGCAGCAAGCCAAAGGUCAAGGUGAAGAGUAUCGAUCUUCCCAUUGUGGCCAACAACAUUCGGCAGCUGGACGGAGACGUUCUGACCAACUUUGUGGAGUACGAGCGUCAGAUGAUUUGCCAGGACAAGCUGGUGAAAGAGCUGAACGACGCUAAAAACGCAGUGGAAGAGUACGUGUACGAUCUGCGGGAGAAACUCUGCGGGAUUUAUCAAAAGUACAUCAGCGAGGAGGACAGUAACCGGCUGACGCUGAUGCUGGAGGACACUGAGAACUGGCUGUAUGAGGAGGGAGAGGACCAGCCAAAGCACGUCUAUGAGGAGAAGCUGGGCGCUCUCAAGAGGUUCGGUGAGCCCAUUCAAGAGCGGCACAGAGAGAGCGAAGAGAGGCCGAGAGCUUUUGAGGAACUGGGGAAGAAACUACAGCUCUACAUGAAGUUUGUUGAUUUUUACAAACAGAAGGACGAGCGUUUCUCACAUUUAACCCCAGAGGACGUGAGCGCCGUGGAGAAGUGUGUGAACGAGAACAUGAGCUGGAUGAACAACAAGAUAAAUGCACAAAGCAAAGCGGCAAUAACUCAAGACCCAGUUGUUAAAGUAGCAGAAAUCAUCGCAAAAAUCCAGGAACUGGACGACGUUUGCGGCUCGGUCGCCAACAGGCCGAAGCCGGCGGUGGAGGAGGCCGCUGAGGUCGGCGAUCAAAACGGCGGCGCUGACAACGGCCCCACAGCAAGGCAGGAAGCGGACGGGAAGGGGAACCAGCACCCGAAGCCUGGAGCUAAACAGAUGGAGGUGGACUGAGGGCCGGACUCUUGACAGUCAUCACUGCGUUCUCCAUCACGCUCCUCCUAGGAAGUAGAAAAAUCAAAGCUGGGCUCAUGUCUCAGUCGUCACCAGCGUCCUCAGUGGGUCGUCUUCGUGUCCUCUCCCGGUGGACUUUAAGCCUUCAAAACCCCUUCAUUCCCAUGUGUGACAGUGCUGUGCUUCAACCGCUCACAUCCUCCACGUGCAAAUAAACGAGUAACUGGUUGAGUUCAGAUUAUAGGAGAAAGAUCCAUCCCAUCAUCACCGGUAAUCCCAAAGACCAGUAAGAAUAGGAAGUGCUGUCCGAGCAACCGUUAAUGCAGAACGACUAGUUCACAAUGCGAAAAUACAAAUCCUGUAUAUGUAUCUGUUUCUAUUGGGUUCAAGUGUUGAUUAUGUCUAGAAACUGUAAAUAUGAUUUUAGUAAAUAAAAUCAGGCUGCAUAAAUA